GGAGGAAGAAGACCGAUGAGAUCGAAACCUUAGCGAAGAAGACAAAAGGACACGGUAAAUCACAUCCAGAAGCUUCUUCCUACAGUACUCUUACUAAGCAAUCGCCUAAAGAGAUACAGAGAGAGAGAGAGAGACGAUGAUGGUUCGUUCCGCUUCGACGCGUUUCGCAGGAGCUUUCUUCCUUGUCAUCUUCCUCGUCGAUCUCGUUCGCUGCGAGGAGUGCACCAGAACCUGCAUUGCACAGAAUUGUGACACACUUUCUAUACGAUAUGGGAAGUAUUGUGGGAUUGGACACUCUGGAUGUCCCGGUGAGGAGCCUUGUGAUGAUCUUGAUGCUUGUUGUAUGGUCCAUGACAGUUGCGUUGAGGCCAAAGGUAUGACUAACAUAAGCUGCCAUAAGAAGUUCCAGAAAUGCGUAAACAGGCUAAGCAAAUCGAUAAAACAAUCCAAAAACAUAAAGGUUGGUUUUUCAAAACAGUGCCCUUACUCGGUAGUCAUACCAACGGUGAAUCAAGGAAUGGAUAUCGGCAUUAUGUUCAGUCAGCUAGGCAAUGAUAUGAGAACAGAACUCUGAGUUUUAGAAGGCAUCACAUUGGUCAUUGGUAGUUUUAGAAGAUUCUUUGGUGGUGGUGAUUACUGGUAACUAUUUCCACUGCAAGUCUCAGCUAUCUUGGCUUAAUUCAAGUUCCGCUGAAUGAUUUUAAGAUGUUAUUCUUGUAUACUAUAAGGCACUAUGUGAUUUGCUAGUUUUGGUCAGAAAGUCUUUCUAUUCUUAUUUUCAAAUUAUGAAUUAUGAUCCUGCUGAUACCUACAUUUCUCAAAGCAUUGGUCAUAUGUCUUAUCUU